AUGUCGUCUUAUCAAUACACUCCUAUUGAUUCUCAUGAACUUCAAAUCCGAGUGUUACAUAUCCUUCCAAGAAGCCAUAGAGCUACCUGUUACACACCCCAAUUGGACGGCUUGUCCGACCAAGGCUAUUCAGAGAGUUCUCACCAUGAUUCGAGAGUGUCAUGCACUUUACACGUAGUAUCUUUGAAAGAUAAUCCAGAGUACCAUGCUCUGUCCUACUGCUGGGGCGACCCUGAUCUCUCACGAGCAAAAAUUCUACUCGAUGAGACAGAAAUCGAAGUUACCACUAGUUUGGAACAAGCUUUAAGGACAUUUCGGCAUGAGUCAAUACCGAUGGUCUUCUGGGCAGAUGCGAUAUGUAUCAAUCAAAAUGAUCCAGACGAUAAGGCAGAGCAAAUUAAAUUGAUGAGAGAUAUCUACACUUGUGCAAGUUUCUUAGAUGUCUUUCUGGGCGGUGGAACUACUGAGACCGACGAGGCCAUGGACUCGACUCUAACUAUAGGACAGGCUGCUUUUGAUGCAGGAAUAUUUUCUGUUACGGUAGAUAGUAUGAGAGAUUGUGAAUUUUAUAUCCGAGAGGACCAUGAAGGCUACGGAUUCAACCGCCCGAAACUAGACGAUCCGCUCGCGGAUUUGAAGCGAUCAUUGUAUGAACUUGCUAUGGAUAUUGGCUUCAACUUUCCUUACCUUGGUUGGUAUGAGAUUGGAAAGCGAGACUAUUGA